AUGGCUGGUGGAGGCAUUGCUGUAGGUGUUGCUGGGGCUCGUGCAACCCAGUAUGAGGCAAAGAUCACGCCAGCCGUCAUUCUGAUCUGCCUUAUUGCAGCUUCGGGCGGCCUGCUGUUUGGGUAUGACCUUGGUGUCACUGGAGGAGUGGCGUCCCUUGACGACUUCCUCAGCGACUUCUUCCCAAGUGUGGUGAGGGGCAAGGCCAAUGCCGCCCAGAACCCCUACUGUCAGUAUGACUCACAGCUGCUGCAGCUUUGGACUUCGACGAUGUUCAUUGCCGGCGCUGUAGCCGGUCUAAUUGCUGCGCUGGUCACCAGACGCUACGGCAGGCGUCUUACCAUGGUCGUUGGUGGCCUGGCAUUUCUCAUUGGAACUGGGCUUCUGGCCGGAGCUGUGCACAUCAGCAUGCUGUUUCUGGGCCGUGUGUUCCUGGGAAUCGGAGUUGGAUUUGCAAACCAGGCUGUGCCCCUUUACCUGUGCGAGAUGGCACCCCACUCCAUCCGAGGAGCCCUGAACAUCUGCUUUCAGCUGGCGACUACUAUUGGCAUCCUGGCAGCCCAGUGCAUCAACUAUGGCACAUCGUUUAUCACGCCGUGGGGCUGGCGGCUGUCACUGGGUCUGGCUGGCGUGCCUGCGUCGAUGCUGUUCCUGGGCGGCCUGUGCCUGCCAGACACCCCUGUCUCCCUCAUACAGCGAGGCCACCCAGACGUGGGCCGCAAGGUGUUGGAGCGCAUCCGAGGGACGAAGAAUGUGGAUGCGGAGUUCCUGGACAUGCAUGACGCUGUGGAGCUGUCCAAGCAGGGCAACUGGCGCAAGCUGUUCACGCGCACGCACCGGCCGCAGCUGACAGCCGCCGUGCUCAUUCCCUUCUUCCAGCAAUUCACCGGCAUCAACGCCAUCAUGUUCUACGCGCCCCAGAUUUUCAACUCCCUGGGCUCGGGCAAGUCUUCUUCGCUGCUGUCAGCUGUCAUCAUCGGUGCCAUCAAUUGCGUGGCCACACUCAUUGCCAUUUUCACUGUCGACAGGUUUGGGCGCAAGAAGUUGUUUCUGGAGGGCGGCAUUCAGAUGAUUGUGGCUGAGAUUGCCACCGGCAUUGUCAUGGCAGCAACCUUCCACACCAAUCAGGCUAAGAUCACCAACACCGCCGCUGUGGGAGUCCUGGUCCUUAUCUGCAUCUUUGUGUCGGGGUUUGCAUGGUCAUGGGGUCCUCUUGGAUGGCUGGUGCCAUCUGAGAUCCACACCAUCGAGACCAGGAGUGCCGGGCAGGCCAUCACGGUCUCCGUGAAUUUCCUGUUCUCCUUUGUCAUCGGGCAGGCCUUCCUAUCCAUGCUCUGCAAAAUGCGGUUUGGGGUCUAUUUCUUCUUCGCGUUCUGGGUGUGUCUCGCGACGAUCUACACUAUCUUCCUGCUGCCCGAGACCAAGGGAGUGCCGAUUGAGGAGAUGCAGCUGAUGUGGCGGACGCACUGGUUCUGGCGCCGUUUUGUGACCACCAAGCAGGAGCGCUGCGCCGACCACGCCCCCUACACGGUGGAUGGGAAGGAGGCAGAGAUGACCCAGCUGCCAGUCAAGGACCGCUCCCCAAUCAACAGUGUUGACGAGGGCACCGGUCGCAAGGACGGCAGCAAUGACCACGCAGCAUAG